AUCUGCAUUCUAUCCCCACCUCUGGUCAGAUGCAGUUGGAGCCACAGAGUGUAGCUCAAGGAGAAGCAGCAUCACCAGCUGGAGACACAGCAUCACAAAUUCAAACCACAUCUAGCUCUAAGUAAGGCUGCAGACUGGCAGAGAACAGGAGAAAAGACCAGCUGGAUUCAAGAAAGACAAAGCCAUGCGACCACGAUCCAGACUGCUGUCCAAGAGAAGACUACUGCUACCCACAAUCAGAGAGGGCACAGAGGAGACGGUGAGGGAUUUGAGUGAGGCCAACACGCUCCACAUCGCUGGCCACAGCCAAGCAGUCUCCUCGGAGGACUACCUCCUCUCCAUCUGCCACCUGGCCCACCCCACCUUCCCCACCAGGGAUGCUUCCCACACACAACAGCUUGACACUGUGCACCAGAGGCUGCGGCUGUCACGGCUCAGCGGGACUCCAUCAAGCACCUUUGAGUUCAACCCCGCAAAGAAACCACAUUCCAUUGAUAUGCCACAGGAAGAGGGGAAAGAACUGAGUGGCGUGUUUGGCGACUCUGACCCCCUGGAGUAUCUUUAUGGAAACCAGAACAACCUCUCAGGGGUUGUGAGGCAGGCAUUUGUUGAGGGAAGGUUUACAGUCCAACAGAGGAGCAUAUGGGAGGGCCAGGCUCGCUCCAGAGCUCACAGUCUCCCCGGUGCUUCAAGUCCUGACCUCACACACCAUGGCAAGAGCAGCUUUCUCGAGCUGCACACCAGCACUAACACUUCUGUUCCAAACAUCUCCCAAAAACACAGUUUGGCCAGGCUGGAGGCCAGGGGAGGCAGCCAAGCAGACAGACGAGUAGAGCGGAAGAGAGAGAAUCCAACCUUCAGACAAUCAGUCAUCUCCCAGUGGAUCUCUGACUGCAGGUCAGCAUGGAGGGAGGCACGUAUGCGAGUCUGCAUGCUUCCUGCCAUUGCUGAGAUAUAAAUGGACAGACAUGAACACAGACAGCCAUCCCUCAAUGACAACAAGCAUCCUAAUCUUCUCCUGUCAGUGCAUGAGACAUUGACGUUAGGAUAUGUAGAUGUGUAUAAUGCUGAUAUACAUAAGGGAUAUGACUAAAUAAACAUUUUAAAACAUAUGAAGGCAAAGUAAAAAUUGCCGUGGUUGUCCAUUUACAAUAUUAUAUCAAUGUCAUUAUUUACUACUUAUGUCUAAUCUAUGCUGGUGAACAUAAAAAAUCAUGCAAACAAACAAAUCUGUAAAAUCUUUUUUUUUUUUACCUCCAGUGUUUUGUGAACUAAGUA